CUACUCUCAGUGGAACCUAAUGUCAUCUCCCAUUCCACCACCUCCCAAUAUACGGUAGAGUGACCCAAAUGUCUAUAGUUCAAGUGCCAGUGCUAACAACUCCAUUUUUUCUUGUUUCCUCGUGUUCCCCAACAGACCACCGUCAGGUUCACAGUCCUCUCCGUCUAUUCCAGCCGCAUCUCCUUACUCUCAUCAUCUUCCACCGCCCUCCAUGACUCCAACGAAUUCCUCUCAACCACUUGCAGCACCGGGAAUCUCAUUACCACCCCCCAGAGUCAAUGAAAUGCCGUUUCCACCUACGUUACGUUCACCCCCCACUUCCACCGCUUUCGCUGGACCUACUCCACCUUCCGCCCCUUCACUACAUUCAGUGUCGCCAGCCAGCAGUUUACCGCCUGGUGUUGAUACUAACAAUCCUGCCAUUGCUCACAAACCCGUCUUACCGCCCAUUCCAUCGUCGCGUGGCACUGCAUCGCCAUUCUCCGACCAUGCCAAACCUCCCGCCAGUAUGUCGCAUGCCACUUCUUCACCACCUCCACCUCCGCCAUCCACCGCUAAUGCCGCAGGUGCAUCGCAAUCGCAGACAUCUCAACAACCUGCAGGUGCUUCAGCUUAUCGACCACUCAACGUUAGAGACGCUCUGACCUACCUGGAUCAGGUCAAGGUGCAGUUUGCUGAUCAACCUGAUGUCUACAAUCGCUUUCUGGAUAUCAUGAAGGAUUUCAAGAGUCAAACCAUUGACACACCGGGUGUGAUUGAACGCGUAUCAACAUUGUUCAAAGGUCAUCCUGGUCUAAUAUCGGGGUUUAAUACAUUCCUACCUCCGGGUUACCGUAUCGAAUGCUCCACCGAUCCUCAUGAGCCGGAUCUCAUUAGGGUCACUACCCCCAGUGGUACUACUACCACCACAGCGGGCGGUGGUCGCUACAAGUUGGAACCGGAAAAUUCUAUGCACCCUUCCUCCAUGAGUCAGUCUUAUUAUCAUCAACCGUAUGGUCAUAUGCGACCUCCGCCUCCAGGCCCGCCCAUGCCACCACCACCCUUGUCGUCCGCUGCCGGUCGUCAUCCUAUGCAUACUUCGGCACCGCCCUCUCCGCCCAUGGCACAAGCACCUUAUAUGCCUGUCUCUGGUCCUUCACGACCACAGAUGCUUCCUCCACAGCACGCGCCUCCUCCCAUGGCACGUGCACGGUCUCCACCACCCAAUGAGAAGCGCGGUCCCGUCGAAUUCAACCAUGCCAUCAACUAUGUCAAUAAGAUCAAGAAUCGGUUUGCCAAUGAACCCGAUACGUAUAAACAAUUCCUCGAAAUCUUGCAGACGUAUCAAAAGGAGCAACGACCCAUUCAAGAGGUGUAUGCCCACGUGCAAUAUCUUUUCAACGGGGCUCCUGACCUUCUGGAUGAAUUCAAACAAUUUUUGCCUGAUAUCACUGGCCAGCCUGCAUCGGCCUUGUUCGAUACCAGUAGUUCGCCUUAUUAUGUCGGUCAUAAACGCGGUGUACUCGGUGGAUCGCCUCAAACGGCAUCCAUGGUACCGGCUGCGAAAAAGAAACGUACCACUGGAAUUGAUCGACUGGCUACGGGCAAGCGAUCGAAACUUUAUCACAAGGGUGGAGAGAUGGAUCAGAGCAGUAUGCGUGAGGCCUAUGCUUACCCGUCCUCCCCAUUCGAUCCCGAGCGUCCUUCUGUGUCUGUCGAGGAAGUCGAAUUGUUUGAACGUGUGCGCAAACAUAUUGGCAACAAGCCUUCGUACGAAGAGUUUUUGAAAACGCUCAAUUUGUAUACGCAGCAGAUCAUUAGCAUGGAUACUUUGAUCGAUCUUUUGACGGUGUUCCUUGGCAACAAUAAGGAACUGUUUGACUGGUUCAAGAAUGUGAUCGGUUACGAACCUUCGGAACGUAUCAUUGAACGACCGGCUUCCAUUAUUGCGAAACCGGAUUUGAUGCAUUGCAAGACCGUUGACAGCAGUCCCAGUUAUCGUUUGGUGCCAAAAGCCUGGCAAAAUCAACCUUGUUCUGGUAGAGAUCAAUUGGCAUGGGAAGUACUGAAUGAUGAAUACGUGUCGCAUCCUAUUUGGGCGAGUGAAGAUGAUGGUUUCGUCGCUUCGAAAAAGAGUCAAUAUGAAGAAGCGAUGCAUCGCUGCGAAGAAGAACGAUAUGAUUAUAAUCUCAACAUUGAAGCCAAUCUCAAUACGAUUGCUUUGUUAGAGCCUAUUGAAAAGAAACUGGAAUCCAUGGCUCUGGAAGAAAAGCAGAAUUUCCGUUUGAAACCGGGGUUGGGUGGGCAAUCUGUCAGCAUCUACGAGCGUAUCAUUAAAAAGGUGUAUGAUCGAGAACGCGGCAUGGAGAUUAUCGAACUACUGUACAGCAACCCUGCCCAAGUCGUCCCCGUGCUACUUAAUCGCUUAAAGCAAAAGGAUGAAGAAUGGAAGAAAGCUCAGCGUGAAUGGAACAAGAUUUGGCGCGAACUGGAUGCCAAGAACUUUUACCGAUCACUGGACUACCAAGGCAUCACUUUCAAGAGUAAUGACCGUAAAGCCAUUGCUGUCAAAGCCCUUGUGGCUGAGAUUGAAACCAUGCAUCGCGACAAGCAAACCAAGGAUGGCGAUCAUUUGACAUUGAAAGCGAACCAUCAGUUCAUUUUCACCAUGAAAGACGAAAGCAUUUUCAAGGACGUCACACGAUUGAUCUUUUCUUAUAUUGAUCGACAGAGUGGAUUUACUAGCAGUGACAAGGAAAAGAUUCGAACGUUUAUCGGCAGUUUCAUCCCACUGUGUUUCCACGUCGAUAAUGUGGUGGCAGAGAACCUGAGAAAUUAUGCGGAUGAAGCGGAUGAUGAGGAUAUGGCUGACGAAGAAGAGGACGCACAGUCUACUGUGACAGAAGAGUCCGAAUCGGAUAUGGGCCGAUCCCCAUCGACCCGACGACAGCGACGUAAUAAUCAAGAAGAUGAUCAUACCAUGGAUCUGCUCCGAGAUGUGUUGACAAAGAACCAAAGUGCGCUGGAUGAAACGGCGGUCUUGCUUUCACGCAAGCGAUCAAAGUCACCUUCAGCGCCUACAGAGGGAAUCGUCGAUACAGGUGAAGAUAAAGCAGUCAAAACGGAAGAUAUGGCGGACGUCGAUAUCCAAAUGCUCGAAAGCCAAGAUCAACCCCAAUCACGCGAAGCUUCCCCGGUGGCCGAAAAAAAACCGGCGGAAACGGAAGGUGACAAACUGCUUGCUGCUGCAGCGGCGGCUACAGCCCCCGGUUUCCGCAAGCGCACCAUGUACAGUUUCUUUUGCAAUACCACUUUUUACUGCUUUUUCCGUUUAUACCAGAUGAUUUACGAGCGUCUUUCGAAAAUGAAGCAACUGGACGCUGAAGCCAGCGCUCAGGGUAAAUUGGGCAAGAAGACAAACAAGGUUGCUUUGGAGCUUGGACUCUAUUCUACACGAUUCGAUGAUAUUGACCUCAGCAAGGGUUACUAUCAAGCGUUAUUGGAUCUCAUUGAUCGGUUCUUUGACGGUGAAAUGGAUCAACAAGUAUUUGAAGAAAAUGCUCGCUAUCUGUUCGUCACAGAUGCCUAUGUCCUUUUCACCGUGGACAAAUUAAUCCACGCUAUUAUUAAGCAGAUUCAAGCGGUUACUGUGGAUACAAAGUCGGUGGAAUUAGUACGCUUGUUCCGUACCGAUCAACUUCUCGAAAACAUGUCUCCAAGAGUCAUGUCGGUUUACCGUUUGAGAGCAGAGGAUACGGUGGGACCAGAUGAAAAUCUGUACAAGAUCAAUUUUGAUAUUGAAGCGAAAGCGAUGAGUAUCCAGUUACUGGACAAGGAUGAUUAUAUGCUAGAACCUUCUGCUGAAGAUCGCUACGAAGAUUACGUGGCCAACUAUAUGGACUGGGUGCAUACAACCGAAGGCAUUGAUGUAUCCGCCAUGCGACCCACGUUUUUGCGUCGAAAUCGAUGUCCGCAAGACGAUCAUUUGAACCAAAUUUUUGUACAAUCCAGAUUGCAGUAUAAGAUCUGUCAAGAUACCUACCACAUGUACUACAUUGUCGGUUCAGAGGACAUCUUUUUACGGCCGCAUGCGUCGUCUACCCUAUCGGAAGCAUCAAAACCUGGCGGGGAACCGGCCCCCUCCAGUGCAUGGCGAAAUUGGCUCGAAUCCUCCACCACAGGGUGGUCCAAAGGCGUUGAUGAUGACACGCGUCGAACGAUGGAAACUGAGGCGAAAAAGCAGCUUCAGCUUCUUGGUGAAUCAUCAUCGCUUGCGUAACUAAAAAGAACAAAAACCUCUCUCUUUUUACCUCCCUUAAAACCCUCUCUUUCCUUCCUUCUUUCUUUUCUGUUUUUCUCCUGCUUAAAACAAACUGUACAAAGAAC